GUCAUUCGGCCGCGGUCGGUUUCAGGAGACAGGGGCAGCCAAGAAGCGCACAGGAAUAGGCUGGCUCUGUUGGGAAGAUAGAGAUAAAUAUAUAACGGAAUUAAGCGGACAAUGAAACCGAUCGAAAAAGGCUUGUAACGCAGCUGCAGACAAGUGUAGUUCACGCGCUGCCAUAAAUCUAUUUUAAUGCUUUAGUCCAGAUUAGGGAGCCGUGUCAUUGAGCAGGCAGGACACGUCAGGAGAAGGGAGAAAAAAAGACUGCACUGUACGAGUCAGCUCUCCAGUCUUUCCAUCGUCAAAAGCGUUUGCCUGCUGUGUUCCUCCUAAAGACAUCACCUCGCCCUCAGCCCCGAGGGGAAGGCUCGCCGCAGAGACAUCGCAGAAGGUCUGAACGAUCACGGGAUUGCAUUUGUGUGUGGGGGGAGAAAACAAAUGGGGGAUUACGGCUUUGGAGUCCUAGUUCAAAACAACACUGGCAACAAGUCCACAUUCCCGGUCCGAAUCCACGCACACCUGCCGCCCCCACACCAUCACCAGAAUGUGUCGCAGAGUCCCGCCGCCUUCAUAAACAGCAGCACAGCCGCGGGCAAUGGCUCCACGGGAGGCUCCCCCUGGCUCUUCCCCGCCUCAGCCACCCACAGCAGUGUGCAGGACGAAAUCCUCGGAGAGAAGCCCAAAGCACAGCAGCAACAGCAACAGGAAAUGCAAGAAACGCAAGAAAAGCAGCAGCUGUCUCCUGGGAGUCACCAGGAUGGGGGAAGUGGUGGAGGAAUCAUUUCAGAUUUGGAAAAAGCGCGUUCAGACGAGGCUAAAACUGAGAAUGGGAACUCUGAGGGUAGUAAUGGCAAAGAAAAGCUGCGCCUAGAGUCUCCGGUGUUGAGCGGCUUUGACUACCAGGAGUCAGGCCUUGGGGGCACGGGGCCGGUCCAGUCCAGCACCACCUCGUCCUCUCUCACCGGCUUCAACAACUGGUCGGCUGCCAUCCCGCCUGCGCCUUCCACCAUCAUCAACGAAGACGUGAGCUUCUUUAACCCUGCGUCUGCCAACAACGGCCCUCUGCUUUUCCAGAACUUCCCGCACCACGUGAGCCCGGGUUUUGGAGGGAACUUCUCCCCUCAGAUUGGCCCUGCGGCUCUGUCUCAGCACCACCCGCCUCCUCCGCCGCACCACUUCCAGCACCCGCACAGCCAGCACCAGCAGCACCGCCGCUCCCCGGCCUCGCCACACCCGCCACCGCCCUUCUCCCACAGGAACGCUGCUUUCAGCCAGCUGCCACAUCUGUCCAACAGCCUGAACAAGCCCCCCUCCCCCUGGGGCCCGGCCAGCUACCAGAGCCCCUCGCCCUCCUCCGGCUCAUCCACGUCUUGGAGCCCCGGCGGAGGUUAUGGCAGCGGAGGUGGAGGUGGCUGGGGCGGCUCUCAGGGCAGAGAUUAUCGCCGAGGGCUGAACGGAGGAAUGACCCCUAUCAACUCCAUCUCUCCUCUCAAGAAGACCUUCCCCAACAACCACGUGGCCUCGCAGAAGUACCCGCGCAACAGCCCCGCCUUCAACCCUAAGUCCUGGAUCGACGAUGGAGUGGGACGCGGUGACAACAUCUUCCCCUUCCAGGAGCGGACCCGGUCGUUCGACAGCUUCAACAUGAACCCCCUGGAGAGCUCCCUCUUCGACAUCAUGAGGGCCGAGCAGGACUCCCUCAAAGGUCGUCUGGGGUUCCCUCAUCCAGGCGGAGACAACCCUCUGUCCCUUAAUGGCCAUUCCUCUCUCUUCCCGAUGGAGGAUGGUUUUCCCGAUGAAGAGCGUGGAGAGGGCUUGGCCGGUCUGGGAUCUCCUCACUGCUUCCCACAUCAGAACGGAGAGCGAGUUGAACGCUACUCUCGCAAAGUGUUUGUGGGUGGACUGCCUCCUGAUAUAGAUGAAGAUGAGAUCACAGCCAGUUUCCGACGCUUCGGUCACCUGUUUGUCGACUGGCCUCACAAAGCGGAGAGCAAAUCCUAUUUCCCUCCCAAAGGGUACGCCUUCCUGCUGUUCCAGGACGAGAGCUCUGUUCAGGCUCUGAUUGACGCCUGUAUUGAAGAAGACGGAAAACUGUACCUGUGCGUGUCCAGCCCCACCAUCAAAGACAAGCCGGUUCAAAUUCGACCCUGGAACUUGAACGACAGCGACUUUGUGAUGGACGGCUCGCAGCCUCUGGACCCGAGGAAAACCAUCUUUGUGGGAGGAGUGCCCCGCCCACUCCGUGCAGUGGAACUGGCAAUGAUCAUGGACCGGCUCUAUGGAGGGGUGUGCUACGCCGGCAUUGACACAGACCCAGAGCUGAAGUACCCCAAAGGAGCAGGGCGGGUGGCCUUCUCUAAUCAGCAGAGCUACAUAGCUGCUAUCAGUGCUCGCUUUGUGCAGCUGCAGCAUGGAGAGAUCGAUAAACGGGUGGAAGUGAAGCCAUACGUGCUGGACGACCAGCUGUGCGAUGAAUGCCAGGGGACCCGUUGUGGGGGCAAGUUCGCGCCCUUCUUCUGCGCCAACGUAACCUGCCUCCAGUACUACUGCGAGUACUGCUGGGCCGCCAUCCACUCACGGGCCGGACGAGAGUUCCACAAGCCCCUGGUGAAGGAGGGAGGAGACCGCCCCCGACACAUCUCCUUCCGCUGGAACUGAACCACAGGCAACAGGCAACAGGCAGGGCAGGUAGUGCACCAGUCGCCAAUCAUUGUACAAAUAAAUGCACUUUUCUGUUGCUGGUUCCUUUUUGCUCUAAGUUCACCCAAAAGUUUCUUGUUUUUUAAGUUAAUAUAUAGUAUAUCUAUAUUUUGAAAAAAAGAAAAGAAAAAAUGUCCAGAAAAGAAAAAAAGACGUGUAAUGUAAUUUAAUUUAUAAAUUUGAUUUUUUAAAUAUUUUUAUGAGUUCAUACAAAUGGAUAUAUAGGAACGUUUGAAGUGUGUGAUGGUACUCUGCUUUGAAUUGGCCUGAACCAUUUUAAAAAAUAUUUUUUAUCAAAAAUCUAAUGAAAUGUGACUUUAAAAAUUUUAUUUUGUGUAGCAGAGCUGUUCCUGUUUAGUUUGUAUUAUGUCUGGAGGCAAAUGCAAUGGGAACAGUGCAUUAUUGGCUGUUUAUUGUGGAAAGGGUCGGGGCUCUAGAGCAAAUAUGACUUGAAAAGGGUGUUGCUAAAGAAGAGUGCACUUAUUUCCAUUAGAGAGAGUGCAGUUUCAGUAUAGGAGACCCUUGUAGUUUACCAAAGCUGAAUUUCUCAUCACUGACAAACACAAGAGAGGGCCCACUGCGACGAAUAUUCACCCUCCUCGAUCAAAGAAAAAAAAAAAUCUCUACCGCAAAUUUUUUUACUUGAAAUUUCACAUAAGAAAAUCUCUAAGCAACAUAACUAUAUUUGGGUUCGGAUCUCCAUUUUGACACAUGCAAAAACUAAUACCUCAAACUCAGCUGCUAAUGUGCCGAUUCCAGAAGAGACUAACCAGAAGAUAACGCGCUAUCUGUGCUGCCGGGGCCGUCCUUCCCGCCGAUACGAUGGGGAAGUGAGGUGUCCGGCGGCUGCGUGUGACGGGAACGGCACAGUUUUGUACUCACUUUGCUUCAUCACCUUAUUUUUGUAUCAAUCGCAGGGUUGUGCUAGAGACGGACAGCGCAUCUACAGUAUCUUUAGGGGAAUGUAUAGGAGGAGACUAACCAUCCUCAGCUGAAUGCGAACAUGGGGCGAGCCAGAGAAAGCUAGUGGCCUCCGUUUUUUUUUGCAGUUUCAAAUGGUAAAAAAAAAAAAAGCCUGUCUGUUAGUUAGUUUUUUAAAUACAUUUGUGCAAUUCUCCCAAGUCUUUACGGAAAAAAAAACCUUUGCAUCCUGGAGUCAGCUACUUUCUUUAUUAACUCACAAAAGCAAUGAAAGAUGAUCUGACUUCAUCUGCACACAUUUGAGUCGUGGGGGGGUACGUGUUUUCGGUGACCCCCUUCCCUCCUUCCUCCUGCCAAGUUAAACCAACUCAGCAACAGUGUUUUUGAAGCAUAAAUGAAGAUAGUCCAUGCAGUGCGCUCUACUACUACUACUACUACUACUACUACUACUACUACUAUUACUACUACUACAUGUCAACCGGGCUGCCCAUACGAAAAGGUUUUUAGGGAACCAAAGAUGGCGGUGCAGUAGUGGGUCACGCUGUAGCUUAUUUUCUGUUUUUUUAUUAAUUAUAUUACUCUCAUAUAUUUUUUUAUCACUAUCUACCCAGUAACUGUCACGCACCUGUUGGACUCUGGUAAAACCAAAGAUUGGCCUUGUGAACUUAUUAUAUUUCUACAUUUUAAGUGCAGUCAGACCCCGUACUUCUCCGUAGCUCAAAAUGGAGGCGACUUAUUUGCGUUACAACACACAAAGUGCACACGGACAGGCGCAGUCGUCAAAAUGGUUUGUCGUUUUGAGUGACGUCAGGGAGCAGUCUACAGAAACUUGAGUCUACACUAGUGAGUUACCUACCCUCAUUUGUAACGCGGUGUCAACUCGGCACCAGUUUGCACCCGGACAUGAGUUUUGUGGGUGUGGUGGGGGAGCAUUUUAGAAGUUAAAACACUUUGUGAAGAAUUUGCUGUUUAAAAUGAGAAGAAAAAAAGAUUAUUUUAUACAUGGCCUGCUGAUUUUUGGUACAGUGUGUUUUCUAGCUAAAUUAUUUUGUCAUGCACAUAUAAACAUUUAUUAUGCACUACUUUUCUAAAUAGUUUUUCUUUUUCCAACAGUCAUUUUAGGCACAUUUUUCACGAAUGGGGAAACUCCUUUUUGCAAUACCUCAAUUUUUCACAUUGUGAAAGGUAGCUUUUGUACUUUUGUUACUGAGAGAUCUGCAUAUAUGGAGCUGUUGAGUGAUUUCAAUAUAUAUUAUUUUCAAUUAUGCUUUUUAUACAUUUCAGUGCUGAGGAAUCUUUACAACUAUAAGUGCGCACUUGUGUUGAGGCGACUUCAGAUCUGCAGAGGACAGACCAAAGUGAACAUUCUGUUGGUCUUAGCUUUUAGAUGUGUCCGUAACAGCAUGGCGACAAAAAGACAAAAAACAUGUUGUUGUGAUUAAAUGGAUGUACAUGCCUUGUAACACGGCUCUACUAGUUGGAAAAUGGUAACUUCUGUCUUGGUUUCCUCUCCGUAGAUGGAGUCAUUAACUUAUUAUAAGGAGAAUGCAAAAUUUGGUUCACGCUUAACGCUGAAUCUCGUAUCACACGAAUGGAUGUUUGGUGUUUAGAUAUUUUAAUAUUUAAAAAAAAGUAUAAAUAUCUAUAUCUAUAUAUAUAUUCUUGAACUUGCCAACUAGCACCUAUCGUAAUCCUUAGCAUGCAUGACAAAAAAAGAGAAAAUGACAAGUACAUGAAUUAGCUAUAAAAAUUAAUUGUUGUGGUGUGCACCAAAUGUUUCUCAAAUAUUGCGUUGUUAAGGACACCCUAUAGUCCCACACGAUGUCCCCUCCCCCGAGACCCCGAUGACCCCGCCCCACGUGUUGAGAACCCCUCGCUUCCCCAUUCGCAGACCUCUAAAGAUGAGAAACGACACAAACUUUCUAUAUUGACAAGUGGGCAGCGCAUCCGUAUUGAACACUGUUUUUUACUCUAACCUUAGACUUGAGCUGUCUUGAUCUUUCUAUAAUAGACCUAUCUGGAGGAAGGGGAGCUUAAAGACUUGAAUGUGGUAAAUGUUGCAAGUUAACUUCAAGUUGUUAUGUGCAAUACUUCUUUUGAACCUUUUUCCAGAUAAAGACUCUUUGCAAUGUAAUUCUUUAAUGCCAUUUUUAAUUGCAGACAUUUAAUUAAAAAAGAUGUUAAUAUGUUUUUCACAGUCAUUUUCUACUGUUAUUGUAAUCCUUUUCAUGCUGGUGUUUGUAAAAAAGAAAAGAAAUCAAACUAUUUGUACUAAUAUAAAUAAUUGAAGUUAUUUUUAAAACAUUAAAAGGUUUUGUGCUUAUUUGCCUAUUUUAUUUCAAGCUACUGUGAUUGAUUGCUUUGUAAUUAUUAGGUCAACAAUGUAUUUAGCUGUUUAUUGGUAUAUUUUUAAUUGGAAUGUAUAAUUGAUUUUUAUAAUUUUGAUCAGAUUUUUGUUAUAUUUUUGAGGUGAAGCUUUUAAUAUGUUAAAGUGUCUAGUUUUUACUAAUUGCUAUAUUGUGCUCCACAAUAUAUGGUUCACAUUUUCUGAAGGAAAAUAAAUAUUAAAUAUUUGUCUGUUAAUGAUAUUACUUAAUGGCAAGAUUUCAAUAGUUUUUAACUGUGUAUGGGAAGGUUGUUGUAUUUAUUAAUAGCAUUUUUUACUUAAGAUAUCACCUUAAUUUUUAUUGUCAUUUCACUUUAUAAGUUCCUAUUUUUGUAUUUUUCUUUCUAAUUAAGUUAUGUACUAUGGAUAUGUCCAUAUUUCUAGGAGUUGGUCUGUAGAAGUGCUAGUGAAAAACGAAAAAGAAAAAUCUAAUGUUAUUUAAUUGUUUGCAGCCAACUAUUUAUAACAGUAUGCAUAAUUUUUAAAUAUUUGUAAUGUGAAAUGUUGAAUGAAAUAAAUCUUAACUGUGAUGAAAA